AUGUAAAUUAACUUGAAAAAUUAAAGAGAUUUAUACAGUCUUUAAUGUUAAUCACAACAAUAUGAAUAAUAAUAAUAAUAAUACAGCUAAAUGAUAGAUAAUUUUAAUAGAUAUUUUAUUGGCAGAGUUACUUUUUAUAUUUUUAUGUAAUUUUAGGAUUGA